AUGCCUGCCUACAAUCCCACAACUCCCUACCACGCCCACCGCAUUAUCACCCCUAGCUUCACGUCCACAAUCUACUAUACCAACUUCCACCAAGCUCAGGCGACACCCAAACCAAGUCCACAGUCUAAUAUACCAACUUCCACCAAGCUCAGCCGACACCCAAACCAAGUCCACAGUCCACUCCCCUUCCACCAAGCCCAGCCGACGCCCAAACCCAGUCCACAGUCCACUGUAGCCCCUUCCACCAAGCCCAGCCGACAACCAAACCAAGUCCACAGUCCACUGAAGCCCCUUCCACCAAGCCCAGCCGACGCCCAAACCAAGUCCACAGUCCACUGUAGCCCCUUCCACCAAGCUAAGCUGACACCAAAACCCAGUCCACAGUCCACUGAAGCCCCUUCCACCAAGCCCAGCCGACGCCCGAACCAGGUCCCCAGUCCACUGAAGCCCCUUCCACCAAGCCCAGCCGACGCCCAAACCCAGUCCACAGUCCACUGCAGCCCCUUCCACCAAGCCCAGCCGACGUCCAAACCAAGUCCACAGUCCACUGUAGCCCCUUCCACCAAGCUAAGCUGA